AUGACAAUGUUUUCUUACAUUACGUUAUUGGCAACCCUAACAAUAUUCAUCCUUACUUCCACAGUUCAAAGCUGUCCUCCUUCAGACAGGGAAGCUUUACUAGCUUUCAAAGCAGCUCUCCGUGAGCCUAACUUGGGCAUUUUCAAUUCUUGGACAGGCACCGACUGCUGCCACAACUGGUAUGGUGUCAGUUGUGACCCGGAGACCAAAAAGGUUGCUGACAUUAACCUCCGAGGUGAAUCUGAAGACCCCAUUUUCCAAAAAGCUGGUCGGUCUGGUUACAUGACCGGUUCGAUCUCCCCUUCUAUUUGCAAGCUCGAGAGGCUUUCCAGUCUUACAAUUGCUGAUUGGAAAGGGAUCUCGGGUCCGAUUCCAUCCUGCAUUACGUCGUUGCCGCUCUUGAGGAUUAUUGAUUUGAUCGGGAAUCGAAUUUCCGGCGAUAUUCCUGCCGAUAUUGGACGGUUGGGAAGGCUGACUGUUUUGAAUAUCGCCGACAAUCUUGUAACAGGUAGGAUCCCGAGAUCUUUGACUAAUCUGUCGAGUUUGAUGCACCUCGAUUUGCGUAAUAAUCGGAUAUGGGGUUCAUUGCCUGGAGAUUUCGGGCGUCUACAGAUGUUGAGUCGGGCUUUAUUGAGCCGAAAUUAUAUUAGUGGUUCCAUUCCCGAUUCAAUUUCCAAAAUUUAUCGUCUCGCCGAUUUGGAUCUUUCCUUGAAUAAAUUAUCGGGUGAAAUACCGGCUUCUUUGGGUAGGAUGGCUGUUUUGGCGACACUAAAUCUCGAUGCCAACAAAUUGUCAGGAAAGAUCCCCGAGAGUUUGUUCAAUUCAGCUAUCGGUAACUUGAAUUUGAGCAAAAACUCAUUUCAAGGAUACUUACCGGAUGUUUUCGGUCCGAGAUCUUACUUCAUGGUACUUGAUUUAUCUUACAAUAAUUUUUGGGGUCCGAUACCGAAAUCUUUGUCCCAAGCAUCAUUCAUUGGGCACUUGGAUUUGAGUCACAACCGCUUAUGUGGGAAGAUUCCCGCAGGGCCGCCUUUUGAUCACCUCGAAGCAUCAUCGUUUGCUUAUAAUGCUUGCCUUUGCGGUAAGCCACUCGGAGUUUGCAGGUAG